UCUGUUUUUCUGUCUCUCACUUUCUGUAGCACUUAGCUGUUGGAUCAACAUCUUGAGAACUUUGAACGACUGACAAAAUCCACGAUGAGCUCCAUGUCCACUUAUUCCUUCGGCUUUAGAACCUCACCUGUGGCUUUAUCUACUAGGCCUCCCAGUGUAUAUGGUGGGGCGGGGGGUAAUAAUGUCCGUGUCUCCAGCUUUGGGGGAACAAACACUGGCUUCGACCUUGCUGAUGCGCUUGGAGGGGGCAAUAUUGCCUUUCCUGAAGUUGGACUUGCAUUCAAUGAAAAAGGCACCAUGCAGAACCUGAAUAAGCGCUUAGCAAGCUACCUUGAGAAAGUGCGGUCCCUAGAAAGCGCAAAUAGUCAACUGGAGCAGCAAAUCCAUGAAUGGUAUGAAAAGCAAGUUCCGUCGUCCAGAGACUACAGCCAACAGGAGAAAACCAUUACUGACCUACGCAGAAAGAUUAGAGAUGCUAUUCUGGAGAACGCCAGAAUCAUUCUGGAAAUAGACAAUGGAAAGCUGGCUGCUGAAGACUUCAGAAUCAAGAUGGAGACUGAGCUCGAUAUGAGACAAUCGGUGGAGGCAGACAUUACCAGACUCAGAAAGGCUUUAGAUGAUAUAACAGUAACCAGGUCGGAUUUGGAGAUGAAGAUAGAGCGAAUGAAGGAGGAGUUAAUCUUGAUGAAGAAAGACCAUCUGGAAAAUAUGGCUAUCCUGAGGGCUGAAAUGAAUGGCAGCUCAGUAAAUGUGGAAGUGGAUGCAGUACCUCAGUCAGACCUGUCGGAAGUCAUGGUGAAGAUGAGAGAGCAGUACGAGGCCAUAAUCCUCAAGAACCGCCAAGAGAUGGAGAUAUGGUACAAAGGCAAAUAUGAGGAGUUGAAUAAGCAGGUUUCCCAGCACACAGAGCUUAUACAGACAUCCCGCUCUGAGGCUAGUGACCUAAAGAGGACCCUGGAGACACUGGAAAUCGAGCUGCAAUCUGAGCAUAGCCGGAAAAGGGUACUGGAGAACACAUUGUGUGAGACAGAGUCAUGCUACUGUCAGCAGCUUGCCAAAUUGCAGACAGAGGUCAACAGGCUAGAAGAAGAACUGGCAAGAAUGCGUAUGAAGAUUGAGCAUCAAGACAGCGAGUUCAGGAGCCUUCUAAACAUCAAGACUCGCCUGGAGAUGGAAAUUGCGGAGUAUAGAAGACUGUUGGAAGGAGGGGAUAUUCAACACAAAGUGGUUGAAGUUGAGAAACCGGAGUCAAUAAGGACCAAGAAAAUAAUAACAGUGGUUGAGGAAGUGGUGGAUGGAAAAGUGGUCUCCCACACUGAGGAUGUGGACGUUCAGGUUGUGACCAAGGAGUGAGACAAAGGGGCAGAGCUCAGAUCUAGGAUGGCCAUGUCACCAACAUAAAAUUACCUAUACCUGAAUGCAAUCUCAAAUUCAUAUAUAUUUUUUAUGGUUACCAUUAUAUCUGAUUAAGUAAUCAAAAACAAAGUGGCCAGAUCUUGUGCAUACUGUUUGUCUUAUUAUUGCAUGUGAUGGGACUCAAAAUGACAAAUAAA